AUGGGUCGCGGGGUGCUGCCUUUGCUGUUGCUGUUGGAGCUGGCCGGGCGCUGCGCCGCCGCCAUGGACGAAUGCGUGGACGAGGCGAGCGGGCGGCCGCAGCGCUGCAUGCCCGAAUUCGUGAACGCCGCCUUCAACGUGACCGUGGUGGCCACCAACACGUGCGGCUCGCCGGCCGAGGAGUACUGCGUGCAGACCGGCGUGACCGGGGUCACCAAGUCCUGCCACCUGUGCGAUGCCGCCCAGCCCCACCUGCAGCACGGCGCCGCCUUCCUCACCGACUACAACCAGGCCGACACCACCUGGUGGCAGAGCCAGACCAUGCUGGCUGGGGUGCAGUACCCCAGCGCCAUCAACCUCACCCUGCACCUGGGAAAGGCCUUUGACAUCACAUAUGUGCGCCUGAAGUUUCACACCAGCCGGCCUGAGAGCUUUGCUAUCUACAAACGUACCAGGGAAGAUGGUCCGUGGGUACCUUACCAGUACUAUAGUGGCUCUUGCGAGAACACGUAUCAGAAAUUAAACCGAGGCUUUAUCCGGACUGGGGAGGAUGAACAGCAGGCACUCUGCACGGAUGAGUUCAGUGACAUCUCUCCACUCACAGGUGGCAAUGUGGCUUUUUCAACACUGGAGGGGCGGCCCAGUGCCUACAAUUUUGACAACAGUGCUGUGUUACAGGAAUGGGUGACAGCUACUGACAUCCGAGUGACCCUCAAUCGUCUGAACACCUUUGGAGAUGAAGUUUUCAAUGAUCCAAAAGUUCUCAAGUCCUAUUAUUAUGCAAUUUCUGAUUUUGCUGUGGGUGGCAGGUGCAAGUGCAAUGGCCAUGCAAGCGAGUGUGUGAAGAAUGACUUUGGGAAGCUAUCGUGUAACUGCAAACACAACACUUUUGGGGAAGACUGCGAGAAGUGCCUUCCCUUCUACAAUGACAGGCCAUGGAGAAGAGCAACAGCAGAGAGUGCCAAUGAAUGUUUGUCCUGUAACUGCAAUGGGCGGUCACAGGAGUGUUACUUUGAUGCUGAACUGUACCGCUCCACGGGCCAUGGUGGUCACUGCAUUGGCUGCUUCGAUAACACUGAUGGUGCCAACUGUGAAAGGUGCCGGGAGAACUUCUAUCGCCUUGGAAGUGAGGAAGGAUGUUUACCAUGUAACUGUAAUGCUGUUGGCUCUCUCAGCACUCAGUGUGAUAACUACGGCCGGUGCAGCUGCAAACCAGGAGUGAUGGGAGAUAAAUGUGACCGAUGCCAGCCAGGGUUCCAUUCCCUCUCAGAGGCUGGGUGCAGGCUAUGUUCAUGCAAUCCUGCUGGCAGCACAGAUGACUGCAGUAUCGAAACAGGGCGAUGUACCUGCAAGGACAACGUGGAGGGAUUCCACUGUGAGAGAUGUAAACCUGGAUUUUUCAAUCUGGAUCCAGCCAAUCUGAGGGGCUGCACCCCUUGCUUCUGUUUUGGUCACUCCUCGGUCUGCACCAAUGCCGUUGGCUACAGUAUCUACAGCAUCGUCUCCAACUUCCAGACUGGGGAGGAAGAGUGGCGUGCUGAACAGCGAGAUGGCUCUGAAAUUUUACUCCGGUGGAGUGUGGAAACCCAGGACAUCUCUGUUAUCUCAGACAGCUAUUUCCCUAUCUAUUUCAUUGCACCGGGCAAGUUUUUGGGCAACCAGGUUUUGAGUUAUGCUCAAAAUCUGACCUUCUCCUUUCGGGUGGAUAGGCGGGACACUCGUCUUUCUGCAGAGGACCUGGUGCUUGAAGGGGCUGGGCUUAGAGUAUCUGUGCCUCUUAUUGCUCAGGGCAAUUCCUAUCCUAGCGAGAACACAGUGAAGUAUGCCUUCAGGCUCCAUGAAGCAACAGAUUACCCGUGGAGGCCUUCUCUUACCCCAUUUGAGUUUCAGAAGCUGCUUUACAACUUGACUUCUAUCAAGAUCCGUGGAACAUACAGUGAGAGAAGUGCUGGAUACCUGGAUGAUGUCACUAUUGUGAGCGCUCGUCCUGAGCCUGGAACCCCUGCAACCUGGGUGGAGAGCUGCACUUGCCCAGCAGGAUACCAUGGGCAAUUCUGCGAGCACUGUGCCCCAGGUUAUAGGAGGGAGACACCUAGCCUUGGGCCAUACAGUCUGUGUGUGCUGUGUACCUGUAAUGGGCACAGUGAGAGCUGUGACCCAGAGACUGGUGCUUGCGACUGCAGAGAUAAUACUGCAGGCCCUCACUGUGAGAAGUGUAGUGAUGGGUAUUACGGAGAUGCAACUACAGGCAUUUCCUCAGACUGUCAGCCAUGUCCGUGUCCAGGGGGCUCCAGUUGCGCCGUAGUGCCCAAGACUAAGGAGGUGGUGUGCACCAACUGUCCUGCUGGUACCACAGGUAAAAGAUGUGAGCUAUGUGAUGACGGCUAUUUUGGAGAUCCACUUGGUGAAAAUGGCCCUGCCAGGCUUUGCCGUCUCUGCCAGUGCAGUGACAACAUUGAUCCCAAUGCUGUGGGGAACUGUAACCGCUUGACAGGGGAAUGCCUGAAAUGCAUCUACAACACAGCUGGCUUCUACUGUGACCGGUGCAAAGAUGGUUUUUUUGGGAACCCCUUAGCCUCCAGCCCUGAGGUUAAAUGCAAGGCGUGCAGUUGUAAUCCUUAUGGCACAGUAAACCAGCAGACAAACUGCAAUCAAGUAACUGGGCAGUGUGAGUGCCUGCCACGUGUCACUGAGAGGGACUGUAGUGCCUGUGAGCCUGGCUUCUACAACCUACAGAGUGGACGUGGCUGUGACAGGUGCGACUGCCAUCCGCUGGGUUCCACCGAUGGCCAUUGUGACAUACAAACAGGGCAGUGUGAGUGUCAACCAGGCAUCACCGGGCAGCGCUGUGAGAGAUGUGAGGUCAACCACUUCGGAUUCGGACCUGAAGGCUGCAAACCAUGUGACUGUGACACCGAGGGCUCUCGCUCCCUGCAGUGCAAGGAGGAUGGUCGCUGUGAAUGUAAGGAAGGCUUUGUGGGGAGCCGUUGUGACCAGUGUGAAGAGAAUUAUUUCUACAAUCGGUCCUGGCCUGGCUGUCAAGAAUGUCCUGCGUGCUAUAGACUGGUUAGAGAUAAGGUGGCAGAACAACGCGAAAGGUUGCAGGAACUGGAAAAUCUUAUAGCAAACCUUGGUACAGGAGAUGAAACGGUGACUGAUCAGGCCUUUGAGGACAGACUGAAGGAGGCAGAGAGAGAUGUCAUGGACUUGCUCCGAGAUGCACAGAACAGCAAAGAUGUGGAUCAGGGCCUGAUGGAUCGUCUCAAGGAAAUUAACAGCACUCUGGCAAGCCAGCUUGGCCGAUUACAAAACAUCCAAAAUACAGUGAGGGAGACUGAAGGCCUAGCUGAGCAAGCCCGAGACCGGGUGGAGAGCACAGAAGACCUGAUUGAAGUAGCUUCUAAUAUGCUAGAGAAGGCAAAGAUGGCAGUUGCCAAUGUGUCCAUUACCCCACCAGUCUCCAAUGGUGACCCAAACAACAUGACUCUCUUGGCAGAAGAGGCUCGUAAACUGGCUGAACGACACAAACAAGAAGCUGACGAUAUUGUGCGCAUUGCAAAGGCAGCAAAUGAUACAUCUACAGAGGCGUAUACAUUGCUAUUGAAGACACUGGCAGGAGAGAACCAAACUGCGAGUGACAUAGACGAGCUCAACAGGAAGUAUAAUCAAGCAAAGAACAUUUCUCGAGACCUAGAGAAACAGGCUAACAAGGUGCAUGCCGAGGCAGAGGAAGCUGGGAACAAGGCCCUGCAGAUCUAUGCUAAUCUCACCAGUCUUCCUGCUGUGGACUCCAAGGGUCUAGAGAAUGAGGCAAAUAAGAUCAAGAAGGAAGCAGAGGAGCUGGAUCAGCUCAUUGACAGGAAGUUGAAGGAUUAUGAGGAUUUGAGAGAGGACAUGAAAGGGAAGGAGCUGGAAGUGAAGAAUCUCUUGGAGAAAGGAAGGACUGAACAACAGACUGCCGACCAGCUGCUGGCCCGAGCAGAUGCUGCCAAAGCUCUGGCUGAAGAAGCUGCCAAGAAGGGAAGAGAGACGCUAGAGGAGGCCAAUGACAUUCUCAGCAACCUGAGAGAUUUUGACAAGCGUGUGAACGAUAACAAGACAGCCGCCGAGGGGGCGCUAAAGAAGAUUCCUGCCAUUACUCGAACCAUUGCUGAGGCCAAUAAUAAGACAAGGCAAGCAGAGCUGGCGCUUGGUAAUGCUGCUGAUGAUGCCAGGGAAGCCAAGAACAAAGCAGACGAUGCUGAGAAAAUUGCUAAUUCUGUCCAGAAGAAUGCUGCCAGUACAAAGUCUGAGGCCGACAAGACUUUCUCUGAUGCGACAGAGCUAGACAAAGAAGUGGAUGACAUGCUGAAACAGCUGCAAGAUGCAGAGAAGGAGCUGAAGAGGAAGCAGGAGGAUGCUGAUCAGGAUAUGAUGAUGGCAGGCAUGGCUUCACAGGCUGCCCAAGAGGCAGAAGACAAUGCGAGAAAAGCUAAGAACUCUGUUAACAGCUUGCUCACCAUCAUUAAUGACCUUCUGGGACAGUUAGGGCAACUGGACCCAGUGGACUUGAACAGACUGAAUGAGAUCGAGGGUACCUUGAACACAGCCAAAGAUCAGAUGAAAGAUAGUGACCUGGACCGGAAAGUGACCGAAUUGGAGGAUGCAGCCAGGCGGCAGGACGAAGCCAUACAGGCCUACAACAGGGACAUUGAGGAUAUCCUGAAAGACAUUAACAACCUGGAAGAUAUCAAGAAGACCUUGCCGUCUGGCUGUUUCAACACCCCGUCCAUCGAGAAACCCUAAGGGUGUGCUGGGGGUGGGGGGCAUUCCCCCAGUGACUGGUGGAGCAAUUGUUUGGCUAUGGAGUGCCUUAACACACAGAGUACCUUCUUCGAAUCCCCAGCUCUCCGCUGCUCACAGUUGCUGUCUUUUUUCCAAAUCAGGAAAAGUUGCAAAGUUUUAAAGAGAAGCAAAUUAAAUAUCCAUUUUGGGGCAUCAAAAGGUUUUUUUAUAAAUUUUCUCUUCCUCGACACUCCACCUUUGCCCCUCUCUCAUACACACUUCCCUUUGAUUUGCACAAUGAUGUGAAAUGUUUUGGACUACUCUUACUGCGGUGCAGAAAUGACCACGUGAGCCGGUGUACAGUGGGGCAAACUAGCUCUCGUUUUUCUCCUCUUCCCCCUAACACGUUAAAACCUCCUCAGUCCCAGAGUUCGCUGUUUCUAUGAAGGAAAGGGUUGGCUAUCAAAGUAUUAUUACAAUGGCCAGUAUAGCUGCACUCAUAAAGAACACUAAUCCCCUUCCCCAAAUGUUAACCAUUUUUUAAAAAAUCUACGUAAAUUAGUGGCCAAUCAAAAUUUUUUUGUACCCAUCUACCAAAUGGUUUAGCAUCUUUCUAGAGUGCAGUAUAUCCAUCUACUGAGAAAGAUAUACAGCCUCUAAGAAGAGCUUGAGGGAGGAAAGAGAGAGGAAUGGGGUGAUAGGUCUCAACAACAUUACUGUUGACCUAUCAACUAGAAAUUUUGUCUCAUAUCUGUGAACAGCUGCCUAACCCAAUUCUCCAAGUAGGGAAUCUUGGAAGUGAUCAGCUCUGAUCUCCUCAGUAAUAGUCACUAGGAGUCUUCCUAGUGAAAACUUCCAGAGUUAGAGAGAGAGAGAGAGACAGAUUUUUUUAAAGCCACUAAGAUCUUUUUGAAGAAGAAGCCGAGAGCUCUUACCAGUUAGUCUGUCUGAAUAUGAAGUUGGUGCCUUCAGGUAGAAAAUGGGUGUCUAAGAUAGAGAUGUAAGGGUCUGUCUCUCCAUCCCUAUUUUCCUGCUGAUCUCCCAGUCUUCCUAAAAUGUUGCAGCACAGAUUGUUCAGGCCUAGCUCUGAUGGCAGAUAUCCAGCACACGCAGUAUUUCACACAGCUGCCACUGCUGUCUCUUUAGAAUUUCUGUCCAACUCAAUGUCACCUGCUCCCACCUAGUUAAGCUACCUUGUAGGGUGGGGGGAGGGCUUGCCUUUAACUCCUCCCCCUUGAGUUUUCUCAUUAGAUCAGUCUGACACCCCCUGCCUUUGAGAUCCAUAUAUAUCUAUUCUUAAACACUAUGCAACUUUGUACGUUUGCGUAGCGGGGAAGAAAUUAUUAUCUGACACACACUGGUGCUAUUAAUUAUUUCAAAUUGAUAUUUUUGAGUGAAUGUGGGUUUUUUGUUUUGUGUCUGUUUGUUUUAUCAUGAUUAUAGAGUGAGGAAGUCCUAUCUUUUUGUGUGUGUGUAAAUAUACUCGGUCCUAUUUCCAGAAUGGCACAGUCUGUUCUUCUCUACUUGCUUCCUCUUAACCAUCACUACACAUGCACCAUAUAUCUCUUCCGUUUAUUAUUCCUUUGGGGUCAGGCAUUUCCCCUGGCCAGGCUCCUGCUUUCUUCCCUCCUUUGUGUUUGCAAUAUCUCUAUUCUGUGGUAUUAACAAUAACCCGCUUGCCUGUGUGUGCAGCCCAAUGAUGGGGCACCCAGCCUCUCUUCCAGAGCCAGCCCCAGCCCCCUGAAGAACUCUGAAGUGUGUAGCUCAUAAGAAACUGAUUACCAUCUUUGUUUCUGACUAAUGAAAGUGAGAUGCUGAUUUUGGAUGGUUAUGGCUUUGCUCCUGGGAGUUGUAGCACUAUAUUAUAGGCCCAGUAGAGGUCUAAAUGCUGAAUCUGUAGCCUUCCUACAUGUGCGAGAAAUGAGAGCUCAGUUUGGGGCUCUGUACAGCAUCAGGGACAGUGCUAGUGGGCAGGGGAGAGUGGUUCCAGCCAGCCCUCAUGUCUCCUGCGUCUUUCUAAGAGCUUGUUACAAUUUACCAAAAACUGACUUGGAAUUCCCCUGCCUGUGAAUGCUCCUAAUCCCACCAGUGGAGGAGAGCUGCCUUCGCCCGUCACACUUCUGGAACUUUCACAUAUCAGUAUUUUCUGGCUGACUGCUCUGGUCCUGUGGCUGCCUCCUAACCAUGUCACCUCUCUGCCAAGGCUGUGGAAAGAGCAGAUACAAAGAGGCAACACCAUGCCCUGGCUGACCUCAGGUGUAAGGUUUCUGGCUUUUCACUUUUUCUUAAGCUGUUUUUAACAGAUUUUUAUUUUUUAAAAAAAGAUCUUUAUAAGCAAUCUCUGAAUACACUACUGCCUUACAGCCCCAUUAUCUCAUUGUAUAGGUCCAGUUAUUUCUUUGCAUAAUGUGAUGACAAGAAGGCUGCUGGUAGAAUGCUGGUUGUCACAGGGAACACAAAGUUCCCUCAUUUUAUUCUUGCCUGUGGCCUCCUCCAUAUGUGCCUUCACUUCAGCUUUUGCCUUAAUCUGUGGUCUUGCUGUCUGGGGCGGUGAACAAAAUGCAACACUUUCAGUUUUUUUUAUGUAUAAAACAGUAUUUCUUAUUUAUAAUAAAGUCUGAAUAUUUGUAACCCCUUA